AUGGUAGCUACGAUGGCACGACCGACAGCGAUCGGCUCGUCCGCUGCUCCGCACGAUGCGGCAGGUUCUGAUUCUUCGAAAGCCUUCCGCUUUCCGCCUGUUCACGCCUUUCCGCCAUUCUACACUCUGCAGCCGAAUCCGGUAUCUCGCUCGCAGCAGCUCUCACAGUGGCGCACGCUCAUCUUGGACUUCUGCCGCUACCACCGCAUCUUCACACUGGCGCCGCUGCCCACGACUGAUGCGCCGACAGGGCACGGAGAGGCCGCCGAUCCGCACAAGAGCCUGUUUGCCAACCGCGCCAUCCAGCGCAGCCUGUCACCCGAGGCGAUACGGACGGUCCUGUCGGAUCUCGUAGAUCACAAGCAAGCUGCAUGGGAUGAUGCGUCUGGCAAGAAGAAUGCAGGCCCAGCUGCGGCCAACACCAACGCAAAGGCACUCAUCUACUGGAAGACACCGGCGCAGUGGGGCGAUGCCAUCUACGACUGGGUCUUUGCUACCGGCCAAAACAAGAGCAUCAUGACGCUCUUUGAACUCUCACAUGGUGACCUCGUACAGGGACAAGAUUUCUACGAGCUACCCACCGCCUUGCUGCGAGCGGCGCUCAAGCAUCUCAGCACACAGGGCAAGGCGCAGAUCUUUGCAGGCACAGAAGCGGGCGACGGUGAGGGAGUCAAGUUCGUCUGA